AUGAAGUUUAAGGGCAAAUGUGUAAUCUAUAUUGGCGGAUUUGGUGGCAUUGGGCAGAAAUGCAUUGAAGAAUUAUUGGAGGAGGAAAUUGGACAUAUGUUUAUAUUCGACGUGGUUACAAAUAAUGAAUAUUUGGACAAAUUUCAAAAGGAAUUUCCGAUUUCUAAAAUUGAAUUUGUUCCAGUUGAUAUGUCCAAAGUUGAAACCAUUGAGAAUGCCUAUACAAUUGUUAUGGACAAAAUAGGACACAUUGAUAUUGUGAUCAAUGGAAGUGGUAUUUUGAAUGAACGUCUGAUUGAUUUGACAGUGGCUGUUAACUUGACGGGUGUUAUCCAUAGCAAUGUGAUAGCCUUAAAUCAUAUGAGUAAGGCAAAUGGUGGUCUUGGUGGAAUUAUAGUCAAUAUUGCAUCAGUGGCUGGUUUAGAACCGAUGGCCAUUGCUGCCGUGUACUCUGCAACAAAGAGUGCUGUUAUUAGCUUCUCGAAAUCAAUGGCGAAUCCUUGCUAUUAUGAACACACUGGUGUAAGUUUUAUUACAAUUUGUCCUGGAUCCACAACUACUAAUAUUAUUAGAGACCUAUCUCUAAAAUCUACAUUUCCACAAUAUUAUGAAGAAAUAACGGCAACAAUGGAAAAUCAUUCAAAACAAUCACCAGAGAAAUUAGCAAAAGCAUUCGUCAGAAUAUUGGAAAUCGCUGAUAAUGGAACACUGUGGACGGUAGUUGGCGGAAAAUUUGAAAAAGUUGAUGAAUGA